UCUGUCUUUCUCUUUUGGACUGUAUUGAGGAGGAAGAUAAAACCUGUCAUAGGCGCAACAUGAAAUCUAACCUUGAGCUUUAAUGAAGUCUAUGGUUCAUUGUAGAGGUUCUAAAUCAGUCUGUUUGGAACUAUCUCCCAAAUAUGAUUCUUAAUUUUUUCAUCUUAUUGCUUUACCUUUCAAAAUGCAGGUCAGAUAAUGCAGAUUUCAUGACGCAGAAUCACCUGAAGAUUGUUCAAGCUGGAGACAGUGUUAACUUCACCUGCAUUUUUCCAAGAGAGUCAAGAACCAGUGUUGUUUGGGUCAAACAAAGAGUCGGAGAGAAACCCCUUCCAAUUGUUUCAUCAUAUCAAACUUUACCUGUCAUCUUUGGAAAUGGCUUUAAAAAACGCUUUGUUGUAGCAAAAGAUGAGAGCAGUUUUAAUCUGAGCAUCACAAAUACAGAAGAAUCAGAUACUGCAACAUACUAUUGUGUUACAUAUGUUUAUAAUGUCCGAUUUGGGGAGGGCACUGAUCUCAUUGUUAAAGGUGGAGAACUGAGCAUCGACUCUGAUCAUCAGAGACCUGCGUCAGAUCCAGAGCAUCCAGAAGAGUCUGUUGUGGCCCUGCAGUGUGUCGUCGUCACUCAGAGCUGUGCAGGAGAACACAACGUCUACUGGUUCAGACACGAAUCUGGAGAAUCUCCUCCAGGAAUCAUUUACACUCAGGAGCGCAGGAACGGUCAAUGUGAGAGGAGCUCUGAUGGGAACUCUACCACACACAAAUGUAUCUACAACCUGCCCAAGAACAGCCUCAGUCACUCUGAUGCUGGGAUUUACUACUGCGCUGUGGCCGCAUGUGGAGAAAUACUGUUUGGAGAUGGAAGAAAAGUUGAUUCACCAGGGCCAGAUACACCGUGGAGUAAAAUUGCCCUGGUAAUGUCAAACUGUCUAUCUGUGAUUGUUAUCAUAAUUCUGGGUGUACGGUUGUACAAGCACCGGAGAAAAGAUGGGACUCAGAACAUUCAGAUUGGUCACUUAAUGGAUGAAGACAGAGAUGCUUUGAAUUAUGCUGCAUUGAGCUUUCAACAAAAGUCCUCCACUUCUAGAAGACCCAGAGAAAAACACAUGAGAUAAUUCAAUAUAAGCACAUGUGAGGAAUCAAUACAUCUUACUAAAAGAAAUACUUCAUUGUUCACAAAAAAAAAAAUACUCUGAAUGUGACUCUUUAUGUGCUUUAAUUGAUCAAACCAAUAGACAUUUUAAGCUCUUAAUUACACUGAAGCUUUAAACAUUAUUCUAUGCCUAAGUUUUAUCUAAAAUUAUCUGUCAAAUUAAAUUAACUGUUUGAAUAAUGUAAUAUAAUUUAAAAUAAUCUUAAUUGAAAAAAGCCUGUUUGGAUUUCUGCAUCAACAUGUUUUACAAGAUUUUUGAUCAACACAUGCUAACAUGCAGCAUAUUGUUUGGUGGUGCGUCAAUUUUAGAUUUAGAUUUGUUGAAAAAGUCUAAAGUUGAGAAGCAGUAAAGAAGCUGAAAUCCCUGUCCGUGGUACUUAAAUAUCAUAUGACAAUUGUGUCCAUUUUUGCAUUAUUUUCUAGUCAUGCAGUUUCCCGCUUUAAUAAAGUAACAUUAGAGAGUAAUAGGUAAUGUGAGAUGUUAAUCAAUCAUAUCUGGGAGUUGGAUAGCAUUGGUCUACAUACCUGAAAAAUGUGAUGCUGCCCAAAAUUAUUGAUAAAUGGCUCACGAUGUCCCUCUAGUGGACACAAGUGGAAAACCCUCCACUAUGAGUCCACGAGAAUAGACUGAGUCCUGCAGUGCAAUAGACUGUAGAUAUUCAAAAAUCACAUGUUUAAUUUAAUGUUAAAAUUCUGUGCUUAUGUGUCUAGUAUUUCUGUCUCUUUCUGGACAAAAAUAUGUCCUAUCUGACGAUAGCUAAAAACUUUUACGUUUACUGUCAUUUCCAUUAAUCAAUUAUUUUAUUGCUUCCAAUUGUUUUAAUAAGCUUAAUUAAGCAUGUUCAUUUAUCCGUCCACAGUGUAUGCGCUGCUGCACAAACAAACAUAAUUUAAUUAGACUGAAAUACAUUUUUAAUAGUAUAUAAACAUUUAAAUUAAUUUAAAAUAAUAAUAAUAAUAUAUAUUAUAUAUAUAUAUAGCAUGUGUAAAUGUACUAUAAUAUUAUAUGUGUUUAUUGUUUAUAGUGUCAGGAUAAGCUGUUUCUAUUUAUAGGAUAUGUUUUUGUCACCCAGCACUAGUCAUCGAUAGGGUUUUUUUUCCUCUUCCAGUGUAAGGUGAAGUAAUUAACCGUCUGUGAAUGAUGCACGUGUGGUUUCGAUUUAGGUGUAAAAACACACCAGUGGGUCAGUCCUGUGGUUGGAAAAUGCUCAAACCACGCUGUGCACAAUCAUGCAAAAGUUUGCAUACAAAAGCACAGGGGUGCACAAACAGAUCUAAACAAACUAAACCUCUCUGUUUAUUAGGUUAUUUAAUAGAUAAAUCCUUGCAUGUAAAU